AUAUUUCUGUACGGCCCAGGGGCAGCCCUGGCAGUCGGUGGGUCAGGAGAGGUGCUGACAAGGCGGGGCGGGCAGACGCUGGGUUCCUCCGGCUUCACCCCUCCCGCUGGGGACAGGUGGCUGCAGCGCGCCCCGCCUCUGCCAGCUGCGAGUGGGAACGAGAGAGGGCCAGUCCGGGACGGCCACCGCCAGCUGCGAGUCGGGGGACAGCGCGAUCUAGUGCGGGGACAGCCGGCCCAGGGGUCCGGCAGCAGCAAACCGGUAUCCUGGCGGCCAAAAAAAUGCUCCUGUACCGAGGGGCCCCUGCGGGCCCCGGAACGCCGGGAGGCGGACUGGCCCGGGCGGGCAGCGUCCCGCAGGCCUUCAGGAUCCGCCUGAGCACGAUGAGCCCCCGCUACCUCCAGAGCAACUCCAGCAGCCACACGCGACCCUUCAGUGCCAUCGCGGAGCUGCUAGAUAAUGCUGUAGAUCCAGAUGUAUCUGCCAGGACAGUCUUUAUAGAUGUUGAGGAAGUCAAGAAGAAACCGUGUUUGACCUUUACUGAUGACGGAUGUGGCAUGACACCUCACAAGCUCCACCGAAUGCUCAGCUUUGGCUUUACAGAUAAAGUAAUAAAGAAAAGCCAGCGUCCCAUCGGGGUCUUUGGUAAUGGUUUCAAGUCGGGUUCCAUGCGACUAGGAAAGGAUGCUCUUGUCUUCACCAAGAAUGGGAAUACUCUCGCCGUUGGACUUCUGUCACAGACCUACCUGGAGUGUAUCCAGGCGCAGGCGGUUAUUGUACCAAUUGUUCCAUUCAGCCAGCAAAACAAAAAAAUGAUUGUUACUGAGGAUUCUUUGCCCAGCCUAGAAGCCAUCUUGAACUAUUCGAUUUUCAACUGUGAAAAAGACCUGCUGUCUCAGUUCGAUGCCAUUCCAGGCAAAAAAGGCACCCGAGUUCUCAUUUGGAAUAUCCGGAGAAACAAAGAUGGAAAGUCUGAGCUGGACUUCGAUACAGAUCAAUAUGAUAUCCUGGUAUCAGACUUCGAUGCUGAAGAAAAAGAGAUUGGUGGUGUUACCUCUGAGCUGCCAGAAACAGAGUAUUCCUUACGGGCAUUUUGUAGUAUUCUAUAUAUGAAGCCCCGGAUGAAGAUUUUUCUGCGACAAAAGAAGGUGACUACGCAGAUGAUUGCUAAGAGCCUGGCCAAUGUAGAAUAUGAUAUAUAUAAGCCUACCUCCACGAAUAAGCAGGUGAGAAUCACGUUUGGAUUCUCUUGCAAAUACCAUAACCAGUUUGGAGUUAUGAUGUAUCAUAACAACCGCCUUAUUAAGGCCUUUGAGAAAGCAGGCUGCCAGUUAAAGCCAACCUGUGGAGAAGGUGUGGGAGUAAUUGGAGUCAUUGAGUGCAAUUUCCUAAAACCUGCCUACAACAAACAAGACUUUGAGUAUACCAAAGAAUACCGGUUGACAAUAAAUGCCCUUGCAAGGAAGCUCAAUGCUUAUUGGAAGGAAAAAAUAUCUCAAGAGAAUUUUGAGCCCUUACCUACUUCCAGGAGGAUUCCUGACCAGACAUGGGUACAAUGUGAUGAAUGUCUUAAGUGGAGGAGGCUUCCCGGGAUGGUGGAUCCAUCCACAUUACCUGCAAGAUGGUUUUGUUAUUAUAAUCCCCAUCCGAAAUUCAAGAGAUGCUCUGUUCCAGAAGAACAAGAACGUAUUGAUGAAGACUUACACCGGAGCAAGGCUAAGCAACAAGUCGAGGCUGCUGAGAAGAAGCAGAAGCCGAUGGAAAGUGACAAGUACCAGGUCUUCAGUAAUCCACCAAAGACUCCUCCUCUACAAGAUAUGGCUGAACUAAAUGACAAGACAAUUGGAUAUGAGCAAAUCAAUAGCCCCAGCCUGCUUCCGUCUGUUAGAGAAGAAAGCAGAUCACCCCCUCGGCUUAAGUCUCUGGAUUCCAGUGCUUUUCAGAUUUCCAGAAAGUACAAAUUGAUUCUAGGCGAGGAGCCUGUAGAGAAACGAAGGAAGAUCCAAACUGAGAUGCCGCUAUCUCCUAUAGAUUACUCCAUGUCCGGUUUUUACAGGAGGGUAGAAGCAGCUACCGCCUACCCAGAAGGAGAAAACAGCCCUGAUAAAUGCAGUUCUGAGAGAAGUACACCACCACAUCUCAUACCAGAAUACCCAGAAUCAAACAAGCAUACAGAGGAGAACAGGGAAGCCCCAGCACUUUGUCCAGGGUCCCAGGACCAAGAUCAGGGGUUCCUGCUUCCUGAAGAAUUAGAAGAUCAGAUGCCAAAAUUGGUAGCAGAAGAGUCUAACAGAAGUAGUGAGAACAUAGACAAAGACAUGAAUAAAGGGCCGUUUGUAGCUGUUGUCGGUGUUGCAAAGGGAGUUGCAGAUUCAGGCGCUCCCAUCCAGUUAGUCCCCUUUAACAGGGAGGAAUUUGUAGGCAAAAGAAAGAGAGCAGAAUCCUGGAAGAGAGCAAAUCCUUACUCUUCUGCGGCUCCUGCAGCCACUGCUGGAAAAGGAAAGGAUUGCCAGGACAGUAGAAGUCGGAACAUGCCAAAGAUAAAGACCCCAAAAGAGUCGGAAGAAUUGAAGAGAACCACGGAAAAAUUGGAACGUGUUUUGGCUGAAAGGAAUUUGUUCCAGCAAAAGGUAGAGGAGCUGGAACAGGAGAAAAACCACUGGCAUUCUGAAUAUAAGAAAGCUCAACAUGAAUUGGUGACCUAUAGUACCCAGGAGACAGAAGGCAUAUACUGGAGCAAGAAGCACAUGGGUUAUCGCCAAGCUGAAUUCCAGAUUCUGAAAGCCGAGCUAGAAAGAACCAAAGAGGAGAAGCAAGAACUAAAAGAGAAACUGAAAGAGACAGAGUCACACCUGGAAGUAUUGCAGAAGGCCCAGGUCUCCUUCCGGAACCCAGAGGGAGAUGACCUAGAAAGGUUAAUUACUAGGGUUUAGUUAUCAGCUUGUGAGUACUAAUGGGAAUUAUCCGCUGAGACCCCCCAGUUGCUGGGAGGAAGCCUUAAUCCAUAGACCACCACGGAUUGAGUAAUUAUUUCUUAGAAAGUGGCAGCCAGGUUCCCAGUGUUUGAUGGCGUGGUGCUUUCAGACUUCUUUCUACAUAGUGGAGACAGAAUUGUUAAGAAAUGUAGGCCCAUUUUGAAGGGACUUCAUUUUAUUCUGUUGGCUAAUGACUUCAUGUCAUCUCUUCUCCUCCUGCCCCUUCACUCCAUCAUACAGGGCUUUGGCCAGGCUCACUCGGCUACGUGUCCACGUCAGCUAUCUCCUUACUUCUGUCCUCCCUCACUUGGAGCUUCGUGAGAUCGGGUAUGACUCAGAACAAGUGGAUGGGAUCCUGUACACAGUGCUGGAAGCAAAUCACAUACUGGACUGAGCACCAGGCUAUAUAUCCUCUCGUAGCUUUCUUUUCUCCCUUGUGCCUGUGUACUGAAUGUCCUCCCUUGUCUUGUUUCUCCUUUCUCCCCUUCUCCCUUCCUCCCCUUCUCCCCAGACCCCAGCCUCUUUCUUUCUCUUCACCUUUAUGCCUUAUAUGGAGAAUCUUUGAAUGAGUCCUGGCUCUUAAUCGGUGUGCUUCACAUUUAUGGUGGGUGUGAAGAAAGAGGCCCAUUCAACAGCUUUUUUUUUUUUUUAAGAGUUCAGGAACAGAAAAGCAAUAGUCACCAAGUUAGGUGACCUGAAAGCUUUAAUUUUGAUGAUCUAGUAGAUACUUGGCCCGUUUCAUAUUCCUGAUAAUGGUUUGUAUUAAUUUAGGUGAAACCAGUCAGCAAAUGUUGGGUCCAAUGUGCUUGGUGGGAUAAGUAAUGAUUUCAGCCCUGCCAAGGUUCUAGCAAUCUAGUUGGAAGCACAAGGCACACCAAGUUAACUAACUAUACAGAGAAGGGUAUGGUGUGUAUGAGUGGUAUCCACAUGACAUGGAAGAUAGAGUAGAGUGGUUUAAAGGAAGGCAGUACACCAUAAGUGGGACCUAAAUGAAGCUUUCAAGAGUGAACAUGACGGCACUCUUAAUGAUGGUUGGUGCUUAGGUGGUAGGAUUAUGGUUGAUGAUUUUUUCCUUCCUAUCUUCUUGCCCUCUUUACACUGCAAUUUUUCUCUAACAUUCUUGUUGCCCUCCUUACAUUGCCAAAUAAAUUGUUUUGAAAGCUAACAAGUAGGCUUGAAUUUGGGUGUCAAAUGAGACAUUUAUGAAAGUAUGAUGUAAUUUUACAUUUAUAAUUAAUGUUGAGUUUAAUAUUACCUCUGGAGAGACAGCAUAAACAAAUGUGCCCCUCCCCCCAAUCCAGAAUGUGAAAAAUGUGUUUGGUAACAACAAUAGACUAGAGUAAAGGAAAGCUGCCAGCCACCGCACAAGUGUUCCAUGGUGUUUUUAUUGUCAUAAAAGAUAUGUGAAAAUAAAUAUAUAAGGAUCUAAAUCUU